ACUCACAAGAGGCAGUGAUAGUGUCGAUAAGAGGACAAUAUGUUACUCACUGGCCGUCAUCCUUUACCUGUAUUUAGUCAUACGUAACAGAGAGGGUGGCAAUCUCCCCUGGCGGACAUAUGAUUCGAGAACAGCGCUGGAAGUGAUCCUCCCAACUGCCAUUCACUUCUUCCCGUUGGUCGUCUAUAGCCUCCCCUUACCCAUCACAGUGUUACUGAUUGCUGUAUGGACUUAUCUCAGUUGUCUGGAUUCACUGCUUGAUGCACACGAGGAGAAACUUCUAAGGGAAGCCAACAGGCAUUCCUACCAGCGCUACUGGGGAUGGCAGGAUAUUACGUGGAUUAACGAGGUCCUUCAAUUGUUAUGGCCGUACUUCAAGUCUUUUGCCCUGUCCAGGGCAAAAGUUCUCAUCCGCGAACAAGGGCUUGAGAUCAUUGACCUAACCCUUAAAACCAAGGCUCCCCGGGUAUCAUCUAUCAAGGUCACAAGAAGAGGGUACCAGGUCUUAAUUGAUGUUAAUAUUACUUACAAAGACGAUAUCUCGCUAUGCGUUACAUAUGGUAUUUGGCCAGUCGAAAUUACGGCCAUAGAAAUAGUAGCAGAUGUCGUGAUAGAGCUAAGGGACUUCAUGCCCGAUGUCCCUUUCUUGGGGAAGGCGGUGGUACAUAUGAUAAAACUUCCGACGAUAACAAGAGAAUCUAACUGGGUGGAUAGAUGGUGCAACACUGGUGUAGAGAGAAAAUUCAUGGAUAUGUUCCCUAUCAUCAUACACUCGGCCAAACAUUAUUACAAUGACAUCGAAAGCCUAAGAGACCAUCAGGUUCCUACACGUGACCAACCAGAACUCCAAUGGCUCAAUAUGAUUCUCCUUGGAUUCUGGCCUUCAGUAAAAGACUACAUCGAGGGAUUGGUGUCAGAUCACAUGCAUGAUCUGGAUCCCAGAUUCCAUAUCAGGCGCAUGGAUUUGGGAUACCCUGGUCUUGAAGUGGCGAGCGUUGAUUUUAGAAGGCAAUACGUUGGUGGUGAAAUACGCGCUUUCCUUGAUGUCAAGGUCAUGUAUAACGGCGGCUGUUCUUCUCGCAUCCAAUGGAAUCCUGGUUUCGAAUUUGAAGUCAGUAACAUAAUGGUUCAAGCUGUGCUAAACAUCGAGCUGAUGAACUUUGUUGGUUUUCCACCUUUCGUACAAAAGGUGGUUGUGCACAUGGAAAAAGAUCCAAUCAUAGAUGCAGAAUUUAGCGACAUAGCUUAUUUCAACAUCACACCUAUCAAGAAAUAUGUCAUGUAUUUCAUCAGGAGAAAAGUGAAGAGCUAUUUUCCUAUCACCCAGCACCUCGACUCCGGACUAAGAUUUUGAAGACUCUUUCUAAAAGGUUGAGCGUGCGUCCCAUUGCCCGUUAACUAAACAUGUGGUUGGUUGCUAUGCUGUCAUUUGGCAGUUAUAUCUAUAUGCAGAAUGUACUGUGUACUUCAAGAACAUCUCUAAGCCAUCUAAUAGAUUAAUUCAAACCCAAAGUGUUGAUCACAGUAUAAUUCACAAAUCUUCUCGUUGAAAUUUGGAACACAGAUUUCUCUGUUAGGUGAUGAUUUUCUCUUUCAAAACCACUUUUAUCAGCCAUAAUGAGCACAGUUUAACAAGACCAUUCAUUAACUGACCUGGAUUUUAAGGCACCGUCCCUACUAAAACAGACUGGACUCGUAAUUAAAAGUCGUUGUUCAUAAGAUGAUGAAACCGGAACUGAAAACCAACUUGUCUGGUACACAAUUAGCGAUCGUAUGAUUUGUUUCUUAUAAGAUCCGCAAGUGGCCAACAACCGUUUUAUUCUGUAUUAGCUAGUUUUUGUUUACAAAUUCUCUUAUUUUUAUGUGUAUUUUUAGUUUGUAUUUUCUAUUCUUUAAUUUUUUUUUCUUUUUUAGCUUUUUUAAUCGUGGGUUCAUUUGCAUUGUUAGUUCUUUUAAUUCUUAAUUGGUUUUACCCAUUUUCUUAAGGUUUAGGUACACAGUCUUAUUUUAUUUUCAAUGAUUUUUAUGUUUUGUCUAUAAUUUCAACUUCAUCAUGAGGCUAUAUACCUUGAAAGCAUAAUAAAAUGUUCUAUCUGACCUUAGCAAAGUUAUUCAUUAUCAAAUUAAGAUUUCAAGUAGCCGCUUUAUGACCGAGACACUAUACAUCUCUCUAUCUAUCUAUCUAUAUAGGUUGGUACCUGCAGCAAUGACUAAUCUAUCCUUAUGUACAUUUGGGUUUAAAUAGAUUAUUGUAUAAUUUAUUUGUAUUUAUAAUCCACAAUAUUUAUUCAUUUACUACAGCCUUGAAAAUGAGACUUUUUGUCUUGAAACGUCGGCACAAAUAAAGAUGUUUUUAUGUA